AUGCAGACAAGACCCAGUGCUAAAGCAGCAAUGCCGCCGAUGAUUCCUCCUGCAAUCGCACCUGUGCUGAUUUCUGAAGGUGCUUGCGUAGAGCUUGAGGGCGAAGGAGAGGACGAAGCAGUUGCCGAUGACGAUACUGACGAGGACGAGUCCGUAGUGCUUGUAGCGGUAGUUGUCGACAACGCUGUGCUUGAUCUUGAAGAACUAAUGGAAUUCGCUUUGAGGGCUUCGCCAUCCUUCAAGAUGUAUCCGUCAUGA